AACGCAUCACAUUGUUGACGCAGCUUCCGACUCUCGGCUGUCAGUUCUGUGUCAAUGGUUAAAACCCUUUAUAGUAUGUUUCCCACAGACUGUAUUUGUAUCUUGUGUUGAUUACUUCAGCAUUGAUUAUGUUGAAAAGCAACGAUCAUGCUUUAUUGCUGGAUAUCAGUAGAAAUCAAUACAUGUUGACGUUUUAGAACAGAUUUCUCUGAAUCCCGAGGUGAUGCAUUCACUGGCGCAAGAGAUCCAGGGCUUUUCCAAGAAUCGUUUGAAGAAGCAGAACACACGUGUUACCACUGUGACAGGCAGGAAGCUGCUGGAGAGGAGGAGGGACGAUGGAGAGGGAGAGGAGCAGGUUGAAGAGCUGGAGGAGGGAAGUGGAUGUGGAUUUAUAGAAGACAAAAGUCUGGACCUUCAAGUUGGAGUUGUCAGACCCUUCCUACAGCUUGCCUCUCAGGAUGCAGCCCAUGACAUUGACACCCUGCAGAGAUAUAAGGUGACUCAUGUGCUAAAUGUGGCCUUCGGAGUCGAUAACCUGUUCCCAGAUCAGCUGGUUUAUAAGACACUCCAGAUCCUGGACCUACCAGACACUGAUAUCACGUCAUAUUUUGGGGUCUGCAGCUCCUUUAUUGAUCAGGCAAGAGAACAGGACGGUGUGGUGCUGGUCCACUGUAACGCAGGUGUAUCACGCUCCUCCUCCAUUGUGAUUGGUUACCUGAUGUUGAAGGAGGGUCUGAUGUUUGAUGAAGCGUACAGCCAGGUGAAGCUGGCGAGGCCGUCAAUUCGCCCUAACCCUGGCUUCUACCAGCAACUACAGAGCUACAAACCUUGAAGAUAUAAUUAUAGAUCACUGUUUUUACAAUAUGAAGUGGGAGAGAAUGAGGGUAUAUUCACAAGGUAGUCACUAGCUAUGUCUGUCAGGUGGGUGGCUUUCAGGGGAUUUUUAGAGAUUGAAAACAGCUACUUGCUGUCCCAAAAAGUAAUUCUGAUAAGAUUGCACCAAAAUGAAAAGUAAAGCUCCUCUAAAAAUCAGCUGAAUGGUGCACACUUGUGACCAGACUACACAGUUGGUGAUAAUUCUGUGUGCUUUUGUCAGAUUCACUUUUUUCACAGAACAGCUGUUUCUUUCAAUCACUGUCAAUAAAAAUACAGAUAAGUGCUGCUUUAAAGACUGAAAUCUUUCAGCUGGUGAAGCUUAAAAGACAACAGCUUCCACAAUUCAGUGUUGAGCCACAAGGUUGGCUUAAAUAAAACUUUGACACUAAAAACUA